ACUUCAGCAAGAUUAUGUUUUGAGACUUUCAAAAGCCGGAAAAGCCAUACACCAAUUAUUUUCUACAAGCUGCUGAUUUAAUGAACUUGUAUGAAAUGUAAUUAUGGUGCUGGUUCUCUACUUGUCCAUCUGCCUUUGCGAGUAUCUGAUACAGAAGACAACUGCCUUUAGAGACGAGGACUGGUAUAGUGUAGACAAGGUACCUGGUAUUGAAGGGUGGGUGGAGCUACGGGAUCACAAGAGGAGCGUAAAACUCAACCUAACACAUCAGUACAUGGCUUUCAUGAAUCAAAGCCUGAUGUUUCAGUUUCCCUUCUACGGAGAAGACUUUACAGAUCUGAAGAUAACUACUCAAGGGUUUAUAAGUCUAAGUGAUGUGAUAAGUAGCACACAGUACAUCGCCCCCCUUAUGGCUAACUUCAAGCCUCUCCCUGCAACCAACCCAACCCAAGACAUUCGACUUCUUUACAGCAGCGACAGUGUCAUCAUUCAGUGGGGCAAAAUGCUGUUAGAGUCACAAAGUUCAGCAGGACAGUUCGACUUUCAACUGAGAUUGGACGUGACUGGAACCAUCUAUAUGCUCUAUAAAACUGUUCCACUGCCCAUAGAGGAUAUCGACAUGAACGACCAUCAAGUUACGGCGGGGAUCUCGGGGGGCCACGCCGAGGGGAAGACAACCCCGAUACCAUACGAUACUAUCUCCCUGACAAACGUCACUUCUAACAGUACUUAUAUCCUUAAACCCAUCGCCACGUGCCUAGACCAGAAGAACUGCAGCUCGUGUACCAACUGGAGUGGUAUGUGUUAUUGGUGCCCCUCUUUGCAGCAGUGUUCAACCGGCCAAGACAGGCUGAAGGACAAGUGGCUUAAGGCCAACUGUUUAGCAUCAGCAACCAAAGAGUGCAGCGGCUCCGCUACUCCACAAUCCUUCGGGACGUCCCCAACCACGCAUCCCUUCUCCACCUUCUCAAUGUCCCACUCUCCGGUGAAGGAGCAGCCGACCCACCCCUCCACCCCUCCCUCCCACACCACCGUCAAACAGCCCGUACCACCGGGACAGAACACCACCACUAUUAACAACAAUACCGAUAUAAUAGACAAUACUAAAGCGGGUGUCGGCACCACCGCACCACAACCCGAGCACACCACGCACGUGCCUACUAACAAUCCCGUCAGCUUACCGGUGAUAUAUGUGAUCCUGAUUGUUGCUUCCUCCCUCUCUUUCAUCCUAGUUGUAUCAGCGUUUAUAAUCCUGCUCUGGCACAAGAGACGCCUCAACCUACACAGUACGUCUCUAACAUCCCGGUCCCAGCCUGAAACGAACAAUCUUCUGUCAAACGGAGGGGCAAACGGGCACGGAGUGAAGUGCUUAUCAGACGGUUUGUCGCACAUCUAAUUAGUAUCACGUGAUAAUGUGAAGUAGAAGAUCACGUGAUAAUGAUGUGAAGAAGGAGAUCAGAUCUCUCAGAUGUGUUGAGAGCAGAUCUGGCGCACCAGAUGUUGUCCGGCCCGAACCUCCUGCACGUGCUGUGCAGGGUUUGUGCAUGUUGCGCGUCACAUACACUGCGCAUGUGUUGGGAGUGUGGAUUUAUAUAUUUCCGGUCGGGACACAGAAAAAGCGGGGACCGGAUGCUGUGACUGCCAUGUAGUCAAUUUGUUUGUUGUGUGUUGUCGAUUGUUUGACAUGGUGUGAGAAGUCGAGCGAAUUUUGAGGAGGAAGAAGAAGAAGAAACUUUUAAUGUUAAAUUAUUUUUGAAGAUUAUUUUAAGCAGAGUAUAUAUAUAUUGCGAGCUCCGGAAUUGUACUGAUGAAUUAAAAUUUAUAUUUUUCGAUAUAAACUGCAACCGUUUUGAUGUAUGUAUGUAUCGACGAUGACUGAACCGUUCACGUUCACUGUUUAAAAAUAAUUUCUAGACUUAAAUAGUUAAAUUGUCACCAAAACUCUCAGAAGUAUGAACAUUUUGUUCUACAGGACAAAAAUAUAGCGGUCCUUAUCAUGAAGAAUUUCAUCGUGUAACACGGCGAAAUUCUUCAUGAUAAGCACCACUUUAUUACGAAUACUAUAAUAGAAAAGAUUUCCCGCUUUGAAAUAUCAUGCCAUUUUAAAAUUUAAAACAUCGUGCACGUGCUUACGAAAUGGGUUUCUCGGGGUAAAUUUUAGGGUGUUAUAGUAGGCCAGGUUUCUUAAUCAUCCAAAGUUGCAUCAUGAAAGUUUGUUGUGAUAUAGGAUUGAUAGCAUUAUACUACAUGUUUACAAAUCCAUAGUACAAUAUGCUCGCAGUUCGUAUCACAUGCACGCCUUCACAUGCUUAUCUGGCUAGCCUGGAAGUGUUCAUGAAGUUACCCCUCUCAGUCGUAAAGUCGGGCCGUUCUUCUUUAUGUAAUUCUGUGAAAGUCACUGCGGGCAAAACUUUUAAAUAUUAUUCACAUAAAAAUUACUCAUGUAUAGAGCGAAUUGAAUGAAUUGUUAAAACUUUUUUCUGCAGUAAACGAUACGACGCUCCCAUAUAUUAUGUAGAACAAAAGUUUUAUCCAACAGUUAGCCUGUACUCGCUAGCGAGUAGUAAUCUGCGGUUGAAAAUGAUACAGGGAUCCCAAGGUAAUAAAGAUCAUUUACCCGAUGUAGAGAUUUAAACGUUUCAACCAGGUCGACAUGUAUUUUCUUGAUGAUUAGUUUUAGUUAUUCAUUAUUGUAAAGUUCUUAGUCCGAUAUUUUCGUAUAAAUGACAGUCGUCGGGAUUUUAUUUUUUUAAAUACCGUAUUAGAAGAAUAAUAUUUGUUCACUUUACCCAGAAGAUAAUUUUAUUCAAGUUA